CGCCUCUCCGCCAUUGCAAUUCCUCUUUCCAUUUUUGCUUCUUUUUUUUUUCUGGUUUCUUACGCCAGGAACAAGCUUCAUAUCGGAGAGGCAGGUCACUCUUGAAAUCAACAUCACCAUGGGCAAGAAAUCCAAGUCCCAGCCGGAGAACAUUCCGCAAGCAGAAAAAUCCGAAACGUCUCUUCCUUUCCUACGUGGAAAUGCUUCAGUUGACCCAGCAUUGGCGUCCCUAUUUGAGACGAGCGCGGGCCCAGUAAAAGCGCCAUCGUUUCCCAAGAAUACUAUCACCGCUGGAAAACCCACCGCAGAUGACGACAUCCGUGAAGACGUCUCGGAAUCUGAAGAUGGACCCGAAGAUGAAGACCAGGUCAUGCAAGAAGCUUCCGAUGUCUCGAUCGACGCCGGUGAACCUACUCAAGCAGCUUCUAAGCCUUCUAGUCGCAAACGAAAGAGAGUAGCGGGGGAAGAUCUCGAAGAAUCUUACAUGCGUCGCAUAGCCAAAGAAGAACAGAAGGAAGAAGAGAAGCGCCGUUCAGAAAAGCCAAAGCGGCAGAAAGCCGAGGAUGACCAAGAAGACGAAGUAGACUCUACCGACAAAUCCGAAAACGAGGAUGAAGAGGAUGAAAGCUCGGAGGAAGGUGGAGAAAUUGUGAUUCCCCAACACGAAUCCAGGAGCGGCGAAGCAUCGUCAUCGGAUAUCGACAAGUCCAACCGUACGGUAUUCCUGAGCAAUGUCUCCAGCGAGGCCAUCAAGUCUAAGUCUGCUAAGAAGGCCCUCUUAAAACAUUUUGAAUCGUUCCUUUCUACGCUCCCUGAAUCUACGGGACCUCACAAAGUGGAGUCGAUACGCUUCCGUUCUACAGCCUUCGCGAGCGGCGGAAAAGUCCCGAAGCGUGCUGCUUUUGCGAAGCGCGAUGUUCUGGAUGAAACCACUCCUAGCACCAAUGCUUAUGUCGUUCUUAGCACUGUUCAGGCCGCUCGGAAGGCCCCUGCUGCUCUGAACGGGACUAUCGUUCUGGACAGACACCUGCGCGUUGACAGCGUUGCACAUCCCGCCCCAGUCGAUAACAAGCGCUGCGUCUUUGUCGGCAAUCUCAACUUUGUGGACCACGAAAGCAACCCCGACGAUGAAGAGAAACGGAAGAAGAAGAAGGCUCCGGCUGACGUCGAAGAGGGACUUUGGCGAACCUUCAAUGCCCAUACUAGCAAACCCAAAGAUCAGACUUCCCGCCACGGCAACGUUGAGUCCGUUCGAGUCGUACGCGAUAGCGUUACCCGGGUUUCGAAGGGAUUUGCUUAUGUCCAGUUCUACGAUCAGAACUGCGUGGAGGAGGCCCUUUUGCUUGAUGGAAAGCAAUAUCCGCCCAUGCUCCCCCGAAAGCUGCGUGUCACGCGAGCCAAGAAACAGCCGAAGAAGCGCGAAGCUAGUGGUAGCAACCAAGGCCAAAACCUUCGGGAGGCGGACAAGACGCUUCAGGGCCGUGCUGGUAAGCUCUUUGGUAGAGCGGGCGCGGCCAAGGCCAAGGCGGAUGCAGCGAAGUCAAUCUCCAACAACUCGUUAGUGUUCGAAGGCCACCGAGCGACUGAUGAUGGGUCAUCGCGCAUCCGUGUCAAGACGAAGAGUCGUGGCAGCAAAGGCAAACCGAAGAACCGGAGUAGCCAACGAGCCGCAGCAUAUAAGGCUGCUGGAGGGAAGAAGAGGAAGACUGCAUAGAUUGAGCCAUCUAAAAAAUGAGGACGGUUGUAUUACGAAGUGUUCUGUUCCUCAUGCAUGUAUUUUACAAAAAAGCAAGAUCUUUAACCUACUGGUAUCGUACCUGCAUGACCGUGGAAGUAUGACCUAUAUCGGUCCAGUUAGUAGUAGUAGUAGUAGUAGUAGUAGUAGU